UCACCGAGGUCACUGCGGGCAGGAAGCCGCCAUAUUGGAGUUCUUCUGGCUGGAAGCGGAACCAUGAGCUGCCGGGGGGUCCAGAAGCUCCUGCAGGGAGCCGGUUCUGGUCCGGCAGGGUGGACCCGGACCCCCGCGACCUAUUGCUGCUGCAGGUUUAGAUCUGGACCCAGCAGGGCCCGGUCCGGACCCGGUACUGGUUCCGGACCCGGAUCUGGAUCAGGCAGCAUCAAUGUGUUCAACAGGGAGAUGAAGAGGAGGCAGAAGAACUGGGCCGCGGUUCUGAAGGACGGGCACCAGUACGACUACCUGAGAGAAGAGGUCGGCAGUCGAGUGGCUGAUCGGGUUUAUGACAUCGCCAGGACAUUUCCCCUGGCUCUGGACAUGGGAGGAGGAAAAUGUUACAUAGCAGAACAUCUGAGCAAGGAAGUGGUGCAGCGUUUGGUUCUGACUGACGUCUCCCAGCAGGCUCUGAAGCUGGGCCGGCGGUCAGAGAUUCCCACCCGGAGCGUUGUGGCUGAUGAGGAGUUCCUGCCGUUCAGGGAGAACAGUUUCCACCUGGUGGUGAGCAGCCUCAGCCUCCACUGGAUCAACGACCUUCCCCGGGCGCUCAGCGAGCAGAUCCAUCGGGUCCUGAAGCCGGACGGCGUCUUCGUCGGCGCCAUGGCGGGCGGCGACACGCUGUACGAGCUGCGCUGCUCGCUGCAGCUGGCCCAGAUGGAGCGGGAGGGCGGCUUCUCGCCCCACGUCUCCCCCUACACCGCCGUCACCGACCUGGGGAACCUGCUGGGCCGGGCCCGCUUCAACAUGCUCACCGUGGACGUUGAUGAUGUUCAGGUUCAUUAUCCAGGAAUCAUGGAGCUCAUGACGGACCUGCAAGGCAUGGGGGAGAGUAACUGCGCGUGGAACAGGCGCUCCAUGCUGCAGCGCGACACCAUGCUAGCAGCCGCAGCCGUCUAUAAAGAGAUGUACGGAAACCCGGACGGGUCAGUUCCCGCCACCUUCCAGAUCCUCCACAUGAUUGGCUGGAAGCCUCACGAGUCCCAGGCCAAGCCGGCCCGCCGCGGCUCCGCCACCGUGUCCUUCAGAGAUCUGGCCAAGGUCAGCCGAACCGGUGGCGCCGACCGGUCCUAGGGUCAUGACCUCACCGGGUCAGGCGUCCAGGAGCAAGAGGUUCUGGUUCUGGUUCUGACUGUAAAUGUUGUAUAGAAACCUGCUUCUGGGAAAUAAACUGAGUAGUGAA